UUUCUUUGUUUCUAUUUAAUUAUUAUAUAAAUUUUACUUGACAGAGUAUGUUUUGAGUAAAUUCGUUUAUAUUUAGCAUGCUUGCAUAGCUAGCAUGACUGGUCCAUUUAUUUAACAAAAAGGUUUGUGUGAAUGUUUGUGUGAAUGCUUAUUUAUUUGUGUUGCAAUAACUAUACAACAGUUUCAUCUCCACACUGGUUUUGACCCUCUCGACUUUCUGUCCUUUCUUCUGUCCUUCCUUCCUUUAUACACGCCAUAUUUGGUCUUCAUAUCCUGUGUCUGGUUGGUGUAAUUCUGUGUAUUAUCUACAUUUUUGUGUUUAUAUUCAUACUGGUUUAAGUUUACACUGAUCAGGCAUAUCAUUAUGACCAGUGGUCUAGCCAUCACAAUUUAGCCCUUGUCAAACUCGCUCAAAUCCUUAUGCUUGUCCAUUUUUCCUGCUUCUAACACAUCAACUUUCAGGACAAGUCUCCAACUCCAAGCCCCAAACUUGCACCAUGCUUCAGUGUUACCUACAGACACUCAUUAUUGAACCCUCUCUCCAGCUCUUCAGUGAACUACCUUCCUCCUGCUAUAGCCAAAUAUUUUAAUCUCAUCAGCCCAGAGACCUGCUGCCAUUUUGUAUAGCAUAGCUGAGUCACUUAGCCUUGUUUCCACAUCAGAGGUAUGGCUUUUUGGCCACGAUUCUUUCAUGAAGACCACUUCUGACCAGAUUUCUCCUUACAAUAUAUGGGUGUAUCUGGGUCACACUAAUUUCCACAAGUUCUUUGUUGAUGGCAUUGCUGGUUAUCUUCUGCUGUUGAGAAGUAAAGCAUGAUGUCUUUCAUCUGCAUUAAAUUUCCUUGGCUAUGCUGCGUAAACAUUAGAAAUAGACUACUACAUCUACAUUCUAUAGACAUCUACUUUGAAAGUCUACUCUGAAAUCUUUGCCUGAGAGACCUUGCUGAUGCAGUAGAACUACUUUGUGUCCUGUUGCUGUCUCAGUCUCGCCGUGAUGUGACAUAACACUGACUUCCACAAUCUCACCUUAGCAGCAGGGUUUGUUUGUUCCUCACCCAGUUUUAUGAAAUUGAAGAUCAUUAGCACCUGCUUGCUAUAACUGGUUAAUCAGACACCUGUCUCUGAUCCUACAAAAUUCUUGACUUUGUGCAAAUGUAUAAAGUUUGCAAAAUGCUAAGAGCCAAAGAGGGGUCACACCAAAUAUUGAUUAGAUUAUUUACCAACAAGUCACUGGGAAAAUGUUGACUUUCCCGGGUUUUUAUGGAAAUUAUGAAUGAACCUAGAUAAAACUGUUAGUCAUUAACCUAACUUGUGUGUAUGAUCCAUGUUUCCUUGUUGUGUAGCAACUUGAACCUCCCAUAACAACAAAACUUUGGGUUUCUCUAUGAAUUUAAAUACAAAUAUUUUACAGUAAGGUAAUCAAUCCCACUGCUGUUGUGCCACCCAACAUCCAUCACAAUUUCAGUGGCUUAGUGGUUAAAGCAUUGGACUACUGACCGGAAGGUUGUGUGUUCGAGUCCCAGGUCCACCAAGCUGCAGCUAUUGGGCCCCUGAGCAAGGCCCUUAACCCCUAAAUGCUCAGUUGUAUGAAAAUGUAAGUCACUAUGGAUAAGAACGUCUGCUAAAUGUUGUUUCCCUUUCCAGACUCUUUCUGUCUGGAAGUACAUGCACUUUAUACCUAUAGAAAUGCUUAUUAUAUUCAGCAUUAAUAGAAACCUGUGAUGACUCGAUUCCACUGAUGAAGCACAGGCUAAUGGCUAAUUCAUGUAGAUUCUAAACUCAUCCUGCUCGAUUUUUGUCUGGAAAAUUCAUUUGACCCUGAAGAAGCUUCAGCUGGUCGGAGCGUGUUCUCGCAGGACGUGGCGUGUGAUUUCUGUGAACAUGUGCGGUCGUAGAAACUCUACACUCAACCCUGGAGGUGUACGGUGUGUGCUGGCCAGAUUUAAAAAUAUCCGGACCAGCAUGUGCUUCCACUGGCUGCCAAAUGUCACGGAAGCUCCGCACGGCAUGGCUCCGGGGGUCUUGGGCAUGUCUAUGCUUUUCCUAGCAUUUUAUUAUUAUUAUUAUUGUUAUUAUUUUACAAGUUACAUGUCUUGAUUCUUGACAAAUGCCACACCUUUUUUUUUCUGCAAGUGUGCGCUGUACUUUUUUUAUUUUUCAGCUAUUCCAUAAGUUAAAGAUGCUCUCACAGAGUGAACGCCGUGCCACUCGGAUGUUGUUUUGAUGGUCUGUAAGACGGUGUCACUUCCUGUCAGAGGGGCUCCAGCUGCAGAAAGGAUGGCGGACCAUGUGAAGGUGUUGACGCUGGACACCAUGAACCCCAACGUGAAGAAGGUGGAGUACGCAGUGCGCGGGCCCAUAGUGCAGAGAGCCGUGCAGAUCGAGAUGGAACUUCAGCAGGGAGUGAAGAAGCCCUUCACUGAGGUGAUUAGGGCGAAUAUCGGAGACUGUCACGCCAUGGGCCAGAAACCCAUCACCUUUUUCAGACAGGUGCUGGCCAUCUGCUCUUAUCCCGACCUUCUUGAUGAUGACAGAUUUCCAGAAGAUGUGAAAAGUCGAGCGCGACGCAUCCUUCAAGCCUGCAGUGGAGGGAGUUUGGGCUCCUACAGCACCAGUCAGGGGAUCCUGUUGGUUCGACAGGAUGUGGCACGAUACAUUGAGAAGAGAGAUGGAGGGAUCAAGUGCAAUCCAGACAACAUCUACCUCACUGCUGGAGCCAGUGAUGGCAUAGUGACGAUGCUGAAGCUGCUGGUCUCAGGUGAAGGAUCUUCUCGGACAGGUGUGAUGAUCUCUAUCCCUCAGUACCCGCUGUACUCCGCCGCUCUGGCCGAGCUGGCCGCUGUGCAGAUUAAUUAUUACCUGGAUGAGGAAUCGUGCUGGAGUUUGGACAUCCGUGAGCUGCGGCGCUCUCUGGAGGAAGCCAGGAAACACUGCACACCUCGAGUCCUGUGUAUCAUCAACCCCGGAAACCCGACAGGUCAGGUACAGAGUCGACAGUGCAUCGAAGACGUGAUCCGAUUCGCCGCGGAGGAAAAGCUCUUCCUAUUGGCUGACGAGGUCUAUCAGGACAAUGUGUAUGCAGAGGGCUGUGAGUUUCACUCGUUUAAGAAGGUGCUGUUUGAGAUGGGGCCGGAAUUCUCAGAGCGAGUGGAACUGGCCUCGUUUCAUUCCACAUCCAAGUGCUACAUGGGAGAGUGUGGGUUUCGCGGUGGCUACAUGGAGGUAGUGAAUUUGGAUCCUGAGGUCAAAUUUCAGCUGACGAAGCUGGUGUCAGUGCGUCUGUGUCCUCCUGUAACUGGACAGGCUUUACUGGACCUGGUGGUCAAUCCUCCUGAACCACACGAACCCUCAUAUGACAUCUUCAUCAAGGAGCGCUCGCACACUCUGGCUGAAUUAGCUAAGAAAGCUAGCAUGACUCAGCAGAUCCUCAAUCAGGUGCCAGGGAUCCAGUGUAAUCCGGUCCAGGGAGCCAUGUACACCUUCCCUUGCAUCCACAUCCCACCUAAAGCUGUAUCUGCAGCGCAGGAGAAAGGUCAAGCUCCAGACAUGUUCUACUGCAUGAGACUGCUCGAGGAGAUGGGAAUCUGCCUCAUACCAGGAAGUGGAUUCGGUCAAAAAGAUGGAACGUACCAUUUCAGGAUGACGAUCCUUCCUCCGACUCAGAAACUGCAAACUGUUUUGGAGAAGAUUAAAGAGUUUCAUCAGAGUUUCACGCAGCAGUUUUCAUAAAGUCAGAAACCCACAGCGAGAGGACGCAGGACCACGUCACCGUUAAGGAUGUGCGGAAAUUAAACACCUGAGUUUUCAGGAUUCAGAAACCAGAGCUUUGGAGCAACCUGCUGAGUGUUACUCAGGGACGUGAUGGACAUUUUUCGUCAGUCUGAUUUUUGUUGGUUGUUAGUGUGUGCUGUAGUGAUGGACCUGCUUAUGCUGAGAUACACUAUAUUUCCAAAAGUUUUGGGACACCUGCCUAUACAUGCAUGUAAUAUGGAGUUGGCCCGCCCUUUGCAGCUAUAAUCGCUUCUGGGAAGGCUUUCCACAAGGUUUAGGAGUGUGUUUAUGGGGAUUCUUGACCAUUCCUCUAGAAGCGCAUUUGUGCAUGUUGGACAAGAAGGUCUCAGUCUCCGCUCUAAUUCAUCCCAAAGGUGUUCUAUCGGGUUGAGGGGCAGGACAGUCACGUUCCUCCACACCAAACUCACUCAUCCCUGUCUUUAUGGACCUUGCUUUGUGCACUGGUGUGCAGUCAUGUUGGAACAGGAAGGGGUCAUCCCCAAACUGUUCCCACAAAGUUGGGAGCAUGAAAUUGUCCAAAAUGUCUUGGUAUGCUGAAGCAUUAAGAGUUCCUUUCACUGGAACUAAGGGGCCGAGCCCAACCCCUGAAAAACAACACCUGAAUUCAAUGAUUUGGCGAUGUGUCCCAAAACUUUUGACAGUAUAGGGUAUUUCAAUUUGUGUAUCAAAUUAUAUGAUUCAUUUCUACCUGA